AUGGCGCACUCUAAGCGCAAUACCUCUCUUCCACACUUUACCUCCUACGAGCGCGAUCUCCUCAAAUCAAGCUGGGGCACCAAACGCGGCGUCAUCGGCCGCGACUCUUUCCUCCCAUUCGGCUCGUGUCGACUCUGCCUACACCCGGCGCGGGAACCCGUCGUCGCCUGCGCCACCAACGGAGAUCUCUUCUGUCGCGAAUGCGCCAUCAGCGACCUUCUAGCCCAGCGACAGGAGAUCAAGCGCCUUGAAAAGGAACGCGAUGAAGCCAAAAAGCGUCUUGCAGAAGAGGAGGAGCGGGCAUUAGAUGAAGCGCGAACACGGGAACUCCGUGAUUUUGAGCUAGUGAGCAUGGGGUUAGAUGCAGCAGCGAAGAAAAACAACGGGUCAAGCCAAUCACAGAAUGACGAGAGCUCCAAGAAACGGAAAGCAGAUACUACAGAAGCAUUGGCUGCUUUCAAAGCGCGAGAGGUAGAAGUGGACGGGAAGCGGAAGAAGGUGUUCGAGUUGGAUGAUAAAGAGAUGGCUAGAAUUGCGCGCGAGGAGCAGGAACGUUUGAAGAAUGAGUUGAAGAAAGAAAAGGAAGCAAACAAAUCAGCCCUCUUAUCUUUUUGGGUCCCCUCGCUCACACCCACCACCGACCCGAAUGAAAUCGCCGCCAACAAAACCAUUAAACUAACACCCAUUUGCCCUGCUUCUACCGACUCCAACCGCCACAGCUACUCCCUCAAAUCCUUAGUCGAGGUGCACUUCACCGAAGAAAAGACCUCCGAUGGCUCCCCGGCCCGUGUCUGCCCAAGCUGCAAGAAAACACUGACGAACGGGCUCAAAGCAAUGCUAACGAAACCCUGCGGCCAUGUCAUCUGCCAACCAUGCGUCAACAAGUUCAUGACUCCGCACGAUGCACCAGACCCGCACGCCUCGAAAGAAGAACAGGAGCAGACCGCUGCCCUGCAUGGGCGAAUUCUAUGCUACGUCUGCGAGACGGAUGUUACGCCGUCAAGUGACAGUAAUAAGGAUUCCGCGUCGUCGGGGAAGAAGAAAAAGAAGGAUAAGGAGGGCAUCCGGCCUGGCUUGGUGGAGGUGAGCUCCGAAGGGACAGGGUUUGCGGGGAGAGGCGGGAAUGUUGCAACUAAGUCGGGGGUUGCCUUUCAGUGUUGA